GUGGGUAGUGUGGGACAUGAGGAUUGGAGGACUUUCUGCACCGCCACACUCUUCGUUCUUUCUGCUUGUUUGACGGCGCGACGUUUUCCUGCUCAAAGCAGAUUGUUACCUUGUACUUCAGCGUUGAUGUAAAUAAAUAUGUGGAGAUGAAUUUCAUGAAGCUGAUCGGAACUGUUUUGGCUGUUUGUUGUCAUCAAGGCUGCGCACUCAAAGGCUUCAGCAGUCAGCGCAUAUGCCGUCGGGGAACUGAGAGGCCGUGCUACAAGAUAGCUUACCACCAGGACAGUGGAUACAGGGUGAGCUUCGAAGAGGCCAGGCGGAAGUGCAGGGAAGACGACGGCGAGUUGCUCAGUAUUGAAACAGAAAGCGAACAGAGGCUAAUGGAGAAGUUUGUUCAAGGUGCACCGGUUGCUGAAGGUGACUUCUGGAUUGGACUUCGAAGGAAUCAAGGCUACAAAGAGUCAGGAUCUGCAGAAUGCUCAUCACAGUAUUACUGGCUGGAUCAUAGCCAGGCCACCUACAGGAACUGGCUGUUGAAUGAGCCCUCGUGUGGUUUUGACCACUGUGUGGCCCUGAAGUACAGUCCCAAUCCUCCUGCUUCUCUGAAAGGUCUCCAUUUGUUCAAGUGGAGUGAUAUCAGAUGCAACAGCAAAAAUAACUUCAUAUGCAAAUAUGCAGAAAUACCUACAGUUCCUACUCCUGCUGGAAAUUCCACUGCUCACUCAGCAGUAACUCUCAAACAACUGCCUGUCACAGUGAAUGGCGAAAAGAUAAAAAACAGAUUUUCUGAAUCAUCAGUGUCUCUUUCAGAUGAAGCUAUCAACAUUUCCUACAUCCUCCUGGCUACUGUACCUGGUUUGCUUCUGAUAAUACUGGUGGUCUCUGGGGUGUUCUGUUACAGAGUCAUGGCUAGAAAGAGAAAAGAAGAAAAUGACAUCUAUGCUGUACCAGGUCAAUGGGUGCCUGCAAGUGCCCUGAAAAACAGCAGAAGCCCAGAUCCCAGUGAUGGUCCCAGGCGGAAUGGGGCCCAACUAGAAUACAUGAGCUCAGAUAUCAGCAGGACAUUUAGUUCAACAGACUAUGAGAACAUUCCCAGCAAUACCGCUGGCUUUGUCACCAACGACAUAUAUGAGACCUGCAACACUCCAGCCAACAUGGAGGCAGGAUGGGUGGAUAAUGACAUUUAUGGAUACUGAACCUCUCCAGUGAUGUGAUGGAGACCAAAAUUGAUUGACUUCCGACUCACCUGGCUUUAAUUCAUCUCAACUUAUUUUGUAUUUGUGCUUUGACUUUCAUACAAUCUACAAUAACCUGAUGUGAAGGACAUGGGGUCCUGUGAAUUCUCAUUCCUGAGGUUUCUCUGAAAUGGGCAGUACAAAAAAACACAAAAUUUCAUCACCUCAUUGCCAAUUCCUCUGUGCACAGGAAAAAGACAGUGCAUACGGAAACUCACACUCACGUCCUGUCCUGACUGGCCUAUUCCCGUUGACUUUGUUUUUCAGACUCUGUUGAUUCUACCAGUUCAAAGGCAAAAUAAUGGCAUUCAUUUUGCUUAGCUUGGCUGUUUUUAAGGUGUUAAAAAUCCUGUUUGCAGCAUAAAAGCAUAAAACUGUCAAUGUUUUAUUCUUUUCCUGUUGUGCUUUAAAAUUAUACUGAAUGAAAUACCGGCAAAACAUUCUGCCAUACUGUUUUAAAUUGUUUGCAUAACAAACAAGAUAAGGAUUUGUUUUCAAAUUCAGGAUUUGUAUAUUUGUGGAAAUAUAUCCUGAUGGUUGUGUUUAAUACCCGUUACACUAUAAUUGAGUUAAUUUUCCUUCCAGAACACCUCAUAACUCUUGGUUGAAUGGUUUUAUUUCAGAACAAAUUAAUAUUCAAACUGGACAGUGUUUACAGUGCGUUUUUAACAAGACGGCAUCAUUGUCAAUAUGUUACAUUUACGCCAUUUUGAGUCUUGCUAGGACUUUGCAGCUAAACAUAGGACAUAAGCUUUUAUUGAUCAUUUUUUACACAUAUCUAUUUUUAUUAUGUAUGAGUCUGUAAUAAUCAGUCCAACAUUAUUUUAUACACACACACGCAAACACACACAUACACACAAUAAGCAGAUGUCCUGAAUGCCAUCAUAACAUUUUUUUUUUUAUUAUACUUUAGGACUCAUAUAAUUAUACCAAUAAACAUGUUAUUAAUGCAUUAUGGCU